AUGGCUAUGAAUUUUGUCACCUUCAAUCAGGACUACGGCUGCCUGGCUGUUGAUCCCUUCGCAAAGAUAUUCAGCAGCGAUGACGGAAAUGUGACUAUCAUUGAGAUGCUCUUCUCCACGUCGCUCGUUGCCCUCAUACUGUCUCCAAGGCGGUUGGUCAUUCAAAAUACAAAGCGCUCUUCCAUUAUCUGUGAGCUCACAUUCCCAUCCGCGGUGCUGGCGGUACGCCUUAAUCGAAAACGUCUCGCUGUGGUUUUGGAGGAGGAAAUAUACCUUUACGAUAUUUCGAAUAUGAGCCUUCUGUACACGAUCGAGACUUCACCGAAUCCCAGUGCCAUAUGUGCUCUUGCCCCUUCGUCAGAGAAUUGCUACAUUGCAUACCCGAUGCCAAAGCCAAGAGAAGAUACGGGAGAUAAUCGACCUUCCCACGCGCCGCCACUAUCUACCUACGUUGCACCAACAUCCGGAGCAGUCUUGAUCUUUGACGCAGUGGAGCUCAAGGCAUUAAAUGUUGUGCAAGCCCACCGAGCUCCGCUAUCCUGUAUAGCCUUAAAUAAUGAAGGGACAUUGCUUGCGACAGCCUCAGUAACCGGGACAAUCAUCAGAGUUUUCUCACUUCCCAAAGGCACAAAACUAUACCAGUUCCGAAGAGGCACAUAUCCUUCGACCAUUUACAGCAUGUCAUUCAACCUAAGUUCAACCUUACUCUGCGUCUCUUCUACUACCGACACCGUGCACAUCUUCCGGCUUGGAGGUGUUGCCGCCGUCAUGCCGGACUCGCCAAGGUCUUUGAACGACCGAUGGAGCCGUUCUCGUAGCUUCGAUAGCGGUGCGGAAUCUCCUACCACUGGAACGUCUCCUGGUAGCGAAAAUACAGAAGUUCCUGGUGUUACCAGAAAACCCAGUGGAACCUUUGGUAGCAUGAUCAGAAGAUCUUCCCAGAUAAUGGGGAAAAGUGUAGCCGGUGUUGUUGGUGGAUAUCUACCGCAAGCCGUUACCGAAAUGUGGGAGCCGAUGCGAGAUUUUGCCUUCAUAAAACUACCAAAGGGAGGCAUGGGUUUAAAUUCGACAGGUGCCCCUCUUCGAAGCGUUGUAGCAAUGAGUAGCAGCAGCCCCCAGGUUAUGCUUGUUACAAGUGAUGGUGCCUUUUACGUUUAUAACAUCGAUAUGGAAAAUGGAGGGGAAGCUGUGCUGGUGAAGCAGUACUCGUAG